AUGGAAAAAGAAAAGUCCAAGUAUCGAUAUUCAUCCGAAAUUCAACAAAUGAUGUUUGUUUUUGGCGAAGUGCCCGAGCCUCUGACAGAAACGAUUCAACUUGUUGAAGAUAUUGUUAGAUCACAAGUGAUUGAAAUUAUUAUUCAGGCAGCCGCUCAAGCAGCCAAGCGUGGCUCACGAUACAUGAGUUCUGAAGAUCUUAUAUUCUUAAUUCGUCAUGAUCGAGCGAAAGUAAAUCGAUUACGAACGUAUUUGAGUUGGAAAGAUGUUCGCAAGAAUGUAAAAGAUACAGGAAAUGAUGCCGUUGAAGAGACUAUUGAGGAACCAAGUGCAGCCUACAAUGACUCAAUACAAAGAUUAAAGGAUGCAGAUGAAAUUACCAGAGCUAUGACAAGAGAAGAAUAUGUACAUUAUUCAGAAUGCCGUCAGGCAUCUUUUACUUAUAGAAAAGCGAAACGUUUUCGUGAAUGGGCAAACAUGUCAGCAUACAUUGAUAUGAAACCAAAUGAUGAUAUUAUAGACAUUUUAGGAUUUUUGACAUUUGAGAUGGUUAGCACUUUAACCGAAACAGCGCUUCGUGUUAAACGAGAUUUGGACAAAGAUCAGAAAAUGCAUAAUAAAGGGCUUAAAAGACCACGUGAAAAUUACGACACAGGCGGUAAUGUAUUUUUGUUUUCCUUACCCCCUCCUGAGCAAACAGCUUUACAACCUUCACAUAUACAUGAAGCGUUCAGGAGAUUGCAAAUGGUUGCUCAGUUGUAUUCGGUCGCCGAAGCUUCAAAGGCUGAGACUAGUGGAGGUGAAGGAGUGGAAGUAAUCAAGAACGAAUCUUAUGAUAACGGAAAGGAGCUUUGGCACCCAGCGGAGCGCUUGAACUUUACGAAGAAGCGUGGAAUGCCUACCCUCAUUGUAAGACAGAAUGGAUACAUGAAAGAAAAUUUUAAAUUAAUUACUGAAUCAAUGCAUAUUGAUGAAAGUCGUGGCGAAGUAGAAAAUGCUUUGAAUAUUUCUGAAGACUUACUUGAGAAACGUAAAGUAGUGAUAAUCGACGUUGCAAACGAUCCUAUUGAAGCUAAAGAUUAUCAGGAAGAUGAAGAUCCUACUUUGUUCCAUUCCGAAAAGACCGGUAGAGGUCCAUUGAAGGGCGAUUGGAUUAAAACUGUCACUCCGGUUAUGACUUGUUAUAAGCUUGUAACUAUAGAGUUUAAAUGGUUCGGUCUUCAAACUAAAAUGGAAGCAUUUACCCAAGAUUUUCAUAGACAAGUUUUUUGUUGGACUGACAAAUGGUUUGGUAUGACUCUGGAGGAUAUUCGCGAACUAGAAGAUAAAACAAAACUAGACCUUGAUGAGUCAUUGUCAAAACCACUAGAAGUUACGGAAGCUACAGAAACAGUGGUUGUUAAGGCUUAA